AUGGCGACAGAUAUCGCUACAAGGGAUCUUCGCAAGCCCAUAGAUGUCGCUGAGUACCUCUUCAGGCGACUUCGUGAGGUUGGCGUUCGUGCAGUACACGGUGUUCCUGGGGACUACAACUUGGUGGCUUUGGAUUACCUGCCAAAAUGCGAUCUUCAUUGGGUAGGAAACUGUAAUGAGCUUAAUGCCGGAUACGCUGCUGAUGGAUACGCUCGAAUCAAUGGAAUGUCUGCUUUAGUCACCACCUUUGGUGUGGGUGAGCUAUCGGCGCUCAAUGCUAUUGCUGGUGCAUACUCCGAAUUUGUGCCUAUCGUUCACAUUGUUGGUCAACCGCAUACGAAAUCACAGAAAGAUGGAAUGCUCCUCCACCACACCUUGGGCAACGGCGACUUCAACGUCUUCACCAGAAUGAGUGCCGACAUCUCUUGCACACUUGGAUGUUUGAACUCAACUCACGAAGUGGCGACCCUCAUUGAUAAUGCUAUCCGAGAAUGUUGGAUUCGUAGUCGACCGGUUUAUAUCUCUCUCCCUACCGAUAUGGUGACAAAGAAAAUCGAGGGAGAACGGCUGGAUACCCCUCUCGAUCUUAGUCUACCACCGAACGAUCCCGAAAAAGAAGAUUACGUUGUGGAUGUGGUUCUCAAGUAUCUGCACGCUGCAAAGAAACCCGUUAUUCUUGUCGAUGCUUGUGCUAUCCGCCAUCGUGUGCUCGAUGAAGUUCAUGAGUUCGUGGAAAAAUCUGGGCUACCCACAUUCGUGGCUCCAAUGGGUAAAGGAGCAGUGGAUGAGACUCACAAGAACUACGGCGGUGUUUACGCUGGUACUGGAUCAAACCCAGGUGUUCGUGAGCAAGUCGAAUCUUCAGACUUGAUUCUGAGCAUCGGUGCUAUCAAGUCCGAUUUCAACACGACUGGGUUCUCUUACCGUAUUGGCCAACUCAACACCAUUGACUUCCAUAGUACAUACGUGCGCGUCCGGUACUCCGAAUACCCUGAUAUCAACAUGAAAGGCGUCCUUCAAAAGAUUGUUCAAAGAAUGGGCAAUCUCAAUGUCGGACCAGUCUCGCCGCCGUCGAACCUACUGCCGGACAACGAGAAGGCAUCAACCGAACAGGCGAUUACCCACGCAUGGCUCUGGCCUACUGUCGGGCAGUGGCUGAAAGAAAAGGAUGUUGUUAUCACGGAAACCGGCACUGCCAAUUUCGGUAUCUGGGACACUCGGUUCCCGGCAGGUGUUACAGCCAUUAGUCAGGUUCUUUGGGGUAGUAUCGGCUAUUCAGUUGGAGCUUGUCAAGGUGCUGCGUUGGCCGCAAAAGAGCAGGGCCGACGGACUGUACUUUUCGUGGGUGACGGAAGUUUCCAGCUGACGCUCCAGGAAGUCAGCACCAUGAUAAGAAAUAACCUUAACCCUAUCAUCUUUGUCAUUUGCAACGAAGGAUAUACCAUCGAACGGUACAUUCAUGGAUGGGAAGCUGUUUACAAUGACAUCCAGCCCUGGGACUUCUUGAACAUUCCUGUGGCAUUCGGCGCGAAGGACAAGUACAAAGGAUACAAGGUCACAACCCGAGACGAGUUGAGGGAGCUUUUCGCAAAUGAAGAAUUUGCUUCGGCACCCUGUCUCCAGUUGGUUGAGCUCCACAUGCCUCGCGACGAUUGCCCAGCCAGUUUGAAAUUGACAGCCGAAUCGGCCGCUGAGCGGAACAAGUCCCUUUAA